AUGUUGAGCUAUAUAAAUGUGAACUGGUUCUCACUUCCAGCCCAAGCCUACUGUGAGCUUGGUCAUAUUGAGUUUGAGGUGAAAAAUACUGAUAAAGCCAUUGAUUUGCUUAACAAAUGUAUUAAUGACUACACGGGGUAUUUGAACGAGAAUUAUGUGCUUAUUGGCAAUCAGUUCUCACUUCCAGCCCAAGCCUACUGUGAGCUUGGUAAUAUUGAGUUUGAGGUGAAAAAUACUGAUAAAGCCAUUGAUUUGCUUAACAAAUGUAUUAAUGACUACACGGGGUAUCUGAACGAGAAUUAUGUACAUGUUAAAUCAUUUGCAACACUCAGACGACUGGGUCUUUACACCGAGAAACAGGGCACUGAUGAUCAGAAAUUAAUAUAA